AUGAGCCGGAAGCUCGCCCCCGAAGCCAAUCGCCAAAUCCGCCAGGGUAUUGCCAACAACUCCAAGGGCACUGCAUUUGUUGUCUACGAAGACGUCCACGACGCCAAACAGGCAUGCGAUAAGCUCAACGGCUUCAAUUUCCAGAACAGAUACUUGCCCGAGAAAAUGGCACGUUCAAAAGAGGACCUGGCGGAAAGACAAGAAAACCUGGAACGGCUCAAACAACAGCACGGGAUAGAAUGA